AUGAAUUUUCCUGCAGCAAGGCAAAGCCCUGUGGCAAUGUCCAAUUGUAGCGCAAAAGCCGAAUGCGGCAAAUAUGCCUCCGAAGGCCACGAAAAGUGCCCUUUGAACGUGUGCUGCAGCGAGUAUGGCUUCUGCGGCACAACAAGCGACUUCUGCAACAGCAAAUGCCAAAACAACUGCGGGCAGCCCAAAAUCCCCUCUGGAAUGAGCCUGAAGCCUGUUCGAGACAGAGUGAUAGCGUACUACGAGGCAUGGAGCGCACGCCGAGCAUGCAACAAGUUCACUCCUUCAAGCAUUCCGAUCUCCAGCCUUACGCAUGUCAACUUUGCCUUUGCAUACAUCGAGCCCAAGACGUUUGAUAUCACGACCAUGGACAGUCUGACACCGGAAUCGCUAUUCCAAGAGGUCACCGCUAUCAAGACAAUGAAAUCUGGAGCCUCCGCUCUAGAGGUCUUCAUUGCUAUCGGUGGCUGGACUUUCUUUAACAACGGCACAGCUACACAGUCCCUUCUUUCGGAGAUCUCUGGCACAGAAGAUAAGCACCAAAUGUUUGCUGAUAACCUUGUCAAGUUCAUGACUCGAUAUGGAUUCGAUGGUGUGGAUAUAGAUUGGUCUUUUGGAAGCCGGCAUGGAUUGGGUAAAUUUAAUGUCCUACGAUUUAGAAUUGCCAUUGGGUUGGCAAGGGGACUUGCUGGGACAGCAACUGUGCUAACCUUUGGCUUCGUGCUCAUUGCUGGCCCCAAGGAUGUCGUAUCGUCCUUCCACCAGAAACGAGACGGGUCUCAUAUUCAAGUCGUGGACUGCUCAUCAGUCGGCGCCAUUGGCACACAAACCGUCAGAAUAGUGUGUACCAAUGAUCACGAGGACAGUAACUGCAAUGAUGUACUGGAAGGAGGGCUAGAGGGCACUGUAGUUCGAAUGCCUGACGACUGUGGACCAGGCCAAUAUGUUGUUGCACACUCGAUCAAACAGUCUGUGGACCAGCAGCUUCACCCAGAUCUGGAGAAGCGACGUGCAAGCUCCAAGCCUGUGAUGGAUUUCGAGUUCUCUUACGAUUUUGCGAAGAUGAAAAGGUCCAACAGUCCUGUUCUGCUUCGCAUAGACUACUCGAACAUGCCGGGAUACUGGGACGAGCUUGUCGACUCUCCUGGAGAACAUGCAGCGAAGCGUGAUCUCGAAAAGCGAUUUUUCUCUCCGGACAGUGCGUCCUGGGGUCGUAAAUUUGACCGGGUCUCCACUCAGGAUUCGUACACCACCUUCGACGAGCCCUCCCUGGAACAUGUGAUUGACGGGGUCCUUGAUGAUUGCAAUGGGCACAACAAAUCCUGGCUGCAACUAGUCACAGAUGGAUCGGCUAAAACAAAGGCCAAGUUCGGAUUCAGUCUCAUUGGUACCCUGCAGCCGUUCAAGGUCGAACAAGCUUACGGCUUCAUGGAAUGGUCGUACGAUUUUGAGGCCGACAUUCACGUAUCCGGCACGACUGGUCUUUCCACCGACUACAAGGUCAAGCCCGCGCAUCUACAGCCGCAGCAGGAACACCUCUUCGCUCAUCCUGGAAUCGUUAGCUUUCAGCCAUCCUUUGAUAUCAAUAUAGGCCUUGAAGCAUCCAAUGCCUCGUUCAAAGCUGAUUUUGACGUCCAUGUCAAGAGUAACACUGAUCCAACGAAGAACAAAGGCUGGGUCCGGCAGACGUUUCCUUUCGCCGCAGGAGGCACUCGUGGCGGUGUCACGACAGAAGUCUCGAAAAACAAAUUCGACGGCGCCCUCAGAGUUCACUCGGGCGAGGUGAAACUCUCACUGAUUCCAGACUUCUCUAUCGACAUCACCUUCGACGAUCAUAAUUCUGGGAAGCUCGCAACAAGACGCGAUGAGACUGGGAUUUCCACCAGAGAUGAACUCUUUGACUCGUCGAUGCCCCUGAUCCAGUACGCUGCUGGGUUCUCGGCACUGACCCGACUUCAAUGGAAUGAGGACGGUCUGGACAUCCAGAUUGACUCUGUCAAAGGGUCUAUGAUGAAUCAGGGUAAUCAAGAGAUACCAACCUGGAAACCUGACGAGAGUCCCUCAAAUCCAAUCGGUCCAGACCCAGGCUCGAGCAACGUUUACAAGAAUGACGGGGAUGGUCCAAGUGAUGGGAAGAUUCCACAGUCUCUAGGCAAUCGGCCGUAUACUCUUUUCGACGCAGAUCAAGUCCUGGUCUGCGCGACCGAAGAGGACGAUGAUAAAGAUGGGGUGGUAUGCGGCCGCGUUGACUUGUGCGAGUCCGGCCUCUUUCCUUGCCCAAGUGAAAUUGGAGUCAACAGUCGUCCACCAAGGACUUCGAAGUCUCGCAGGGACUCCGGCGUUGAUUUGCUGAGCCUGAAAGUUGACAAUGACCUGCAACCGGCUGGGGAUCAAAAUCGUGAGGUGGACUCCGUUGACGACGAUGUUCCCCUCGAUCACCUGUUUAAGCGAGCACCAACAAGGUUUGGAGGAAAGUCUCGGCAAUACACCUUCAGCACCUUGUCACGCACCGGCAGGAGGCCAGGGAGACAGUACAGCAGCUUUCCGCAUCCUAGCAACCGUGACUGGGAGCACGACGACGUCCGCUAUGACAACGUUUACCGUACCAUAGACCCCGACGAUUGCACUGACGGUGCAGUCAUCACCCAUUCGCUUCCACAAGAGGGACUUGACGACGAUACCUUUUACGUGGAGCAUAUUGUCGAACUGCAGACAAUGGAGCUCUUCUUUGACGACAUAGCUGACAAUGGCAUACCAGUCUACCUGACUGAGAAUGUCGCACGGCCCACGCGAGGAAUGGUGGACUCCGGCUUUGAUCAAAUUUACACCGAUUUCAUGGACCAUCUCAAAGGCCAGGUUCUUGUCAAUCCGCCAACCCUGGAAGGGUGGACGCAGAAUGAUAUCGUCAAAGUUCCCAUGGAGCGGAUCAUGUCUGCCCUUGGCGACGAACAUAACUGGCAACGAUUUGUUCUGCUCGAGAAGAACGUUAACCAGGUCAAGCAGAAUAUAUGGCAAGGGCACAUGCCCACAGCACUCGAAAAGCUCAACGCAUUGAACAGCGACACCGAGCGAUACCAGGAGCAACUUGUCCACAUGCGAUCAGUAAACGGCUACAUGAUCACCACCUGCAACAACAUACGUGAACAGCUUCGACUGGGCGACGAGGCUUGGGUACAACUCGGCCAUCCGUCAUCCCACAUUGUCGAAUACUGGGACAAGUGGAUUCGAGCACAUUUCCAGGCCAUGGUCGUCGAAGGGCGGUGGAUCGUUAGGAAGAGCUUGAAUGACUGCUUCGCUCUUUGGAAGAGGCAGAAGAAUGGAGCUCGUAAAGUUUUCAUGUUGCAGGCUCUGGCGAAGCUGCGGAGACAGGUCAACAAGAUCACCGUCUUAACUAAUGGACUUCAUUAG